AUGGCGUCGCCGUCUGACGACCGUCGAUUUCGAUGGUGCCCCGAUUCGCUGAUCCCAGCCGACGAACUGCCCGUCGCCGCCUUUGCCGUGGAUAGGGACCUGACGUUUGUGAUGUGGAACCGACGAAUGGCGAAGCUGACAGGCUGGAGCCGGGAUGACGUGGCGCAGAUGGGGAGGUUUCCGGGAAGGCUCCUGCGACCUGCGAAGGGGUCUGCGCACGAGCAUGCCAGCGACGUGCUGCGGGCUGCCAUGCAGCGAGCAGAGCCCAUCAGCCAGACCAUGCUGCUCGCCACGCGCACCUCGCGCGGCACCGACUGCGACGCGCAGUGCGACACUGAGCGCAACGCGGAAUGCAACGGAGAGUGCGGCGCACAGCAGCAGGUGCUGCAAGGGCAGGAGCAGGCGCCGCUGAGGAAGCUGUUACCCGGGCAGGUGGCAACUGGACAGGGGGUACCCGAGCAGUCGUCGCCUGGGCGCGAGGUACGGGUGCAGGUGCACGCGUGCAUGCGCACAGACGCAGUGGGGGCCGCCAAUGGCGUGCUCUGCGUCGUCAUGCCAUUGCCCCUCCACGUGCCCAUGGCCGUGCCCUCCCCCAUACCUACUGUCCCUCCCGUGCCCAUGCCCACCCCCAUAACCACGCCCAUACCCUCCCCCAAGGCCUCGCCCAUGGCCUUAUGUAUGGCCAUGGGGCCUGUUCCUGUCGCCCCAGCUGCACCUGCGUUCACCGCACCUCGCUUAUCUGUUGCCGCCUCUGCGGACGGUGCUGCCACAGCCACCGCUGUUGUCCCCCCUCUUGCUGACGCUGGUUCGAUUCGCGCGGAUGGGAAGCAGAGAGUUGUUUCGUGUGCAGCAAAGCAGCAGACGGACAGAGAAGGAGGAGGAGAGAGGGCGGCGGGAGGUGGGUUAGGAAACACUGGGACAUGCGGAGUAUGCAGGCAGGACGGGGAGAAUACACGGGAGGGCCACAGCAGGAUUUUCAGUCGCUGCAGCGACAGCAGCAGUGGGGGGCUGGACAAGGGGGGUGUGGUCUCACGGGAGGAGAGGGUGGUGGCUGAUGGGCCGACAGGUGGCGGCGCGGGAUUGGGGCUGGUGGGAGCGCUGCACAAUGAUUUACCGCAGCAGCUGGAGCGGUGCGGCUUCGAUGUUGUCACGGCGGGUACAGUCACGGAGGCUGUGGAGCGAUUUCAACAGUCCCUGUGUGAGCCGCUUCCCGAUAGGAUAGUGGAACAUAGCAAUAGGGGAAAACAGGGCAACAGGGGAGAAAACCUCAACGUGCGUGAGCUGCGCAACAGCAUUGCGCACCCUGAUGGGAUUCAACAGCUGAAUGGGGGUGCGAGAAGCCAGCAGCAGGUGGAAGCAGGCAAGCAGGGGCUAGUGGAAGCUUCCGGUGAGGCGUCGCCAUCAGGAAAAGGAGAAGAGGGAGUGGUACCAAGUGACAGGGAUAUGGCAGCGGAUGCAGAUGGUGGGGAGGAUGGAGUAAUGGCAGAAGUGCCCUUCUCGCUCGUGGUCAUGGAGCUAGAGGCCAUGGCGCAUGAUGGCUUUGCGUGCAUUCGCAGCAUUCGCGAUGCGGAGGGGAGAAGGCAAGGAUGGAAGGCCAGGAAUGGAGAAGAAUGUGUUGCGGUUGAUGCUGAUGGUAACCAGUUUUCAGGGGCUGCUGCUGCGGAGCUCAAUGUGGGAGGUUGUUUAAGUGGCGCUGAGGCGAACACAGAACAAUCAGCAGCAGCAGUGACCAGCCCAAUUGAAGCAGCAGCAUUUGGAGGAGCAGCUAAAGUUGUUGCUUCUGAUCCACUACAAGGCGCCCCAGGAAGUGUACAUGCUGUUUCACGUACGGUCGUUAUAGCGGUUGCAAACAUGAACAGGUGGGAUUUGGCAGGGUUGGACCAAGCCAUGCAGCAGUGCAUGCAUGCGGGAGUGGAUGCAGUGGUUCCUCGCACAAUGAAUCUCCAGCAGCUGAAGUCGGUGCUUAGAAAGCUGGGCGUGAGGGGCCUUGAGUAUUCCAACGAGCUGCUGCUGCUGACAGCUGGCGUGGCGGCAUUGGCUCGGCAGAGUGGGGGGGCUGUGGGGGGACAGGUGCAGCAGGUGCUGAGGGCGCAUGCGCGGAGGAGGGAGAAGAGAGAGAAGCCGGUGGGGAAGGCAGAGGCGGAUGAAGUGAUGAGGUUUCUGCGGGACCAUCUGGGCCCAACUGGCAUUCUGAAGCGAGAAAUGGAGGCACUGGAUGAGGCCAUUGCCAGCACGUCAUCUGACGGGGAUGCAUACUCGUUUGAGGAGAAGCAGCCCACACAGACAUACCCCGAGGAGUACUUUGUUACCCAGGGGCAGAAGGUGCAGCAGCUGCAGAGGAGCUCGCUGUGGUCGCACAGCCUUGAGAGAAUGGCCAAGACCCUGGCGGUGGCGGUGGGCAUUCUUUGGCAGCAUCUGAGGGAGGUGUAUGGGUGGCCGGACCCCAUAGGGCCAGACGACCUGGAGGGCACGGUGGGGCAGGCGGGGCUGCCCAUGCUGUACGCGCGUGUCUUAGCUGCUGUGAGCCAACUCGCUGUCACCAUGCCAGGCACUCAUGCGUUCACAGACAAGAGAAAGGACCUCUACGCCAUGCUCCCCACGUUCAUCCGCCACCAACUGCACUCCCGCCUGCGCGUGUCCCGGCGGCGUCCACUGGAUGAGGUGCUGCUGGGGGAGCUGCGCCAGCUGGCAGCGCAGAUGUUCUGCUGGCUCAUGCCAUUCAGCCAGGCCACGCUCCAAUGGGUGAACGACAGAUCACAUAACGCGAGGGUGGCGGGAAGACAACGAGUGCUUCUGGUGCAGACUCUCCAUUUCGCCAACAAGGACCGAUUUGAGGCUAUUCUAAUCGAGCUCCUCUCCUCACUCUCUCUCGUCAUCGCAGCGUCCACCCCACCUCCUCCUCCCCCUCCCAUCCGCGCCCGCCCCUCCAAGCCUCCCUCCCUCGCCCGAGCCUCCAGCACCUCCCAAGCCCCUUACCGAGCCAAGGCCUUUGGCAAACCCACGCCGACAUUGCAGCAGCUGCCAUCGCCGCCGUCGACGCUGCUCCUGCUGGAUCAGCUGGUGCCCUCUCCACUCCUCCCAAGCCCGCAGCAGCAGGCAAGCCCCCGGCGCGCAGGCGGGGGCGGCACUCGCGCUCUCUCUCAAUGUCAGACAUCAUGCCGUCCCCCUCCUCCCUCACAUGGCUCGUCGACGACGCUGUACUCAGCUGCUGGCAACGGAACAGCCGCAGGAGGCGUGGAUAGCCUGCCCAAGUUUCUUGAAGAGUUGGCGCAGCAUGGGUUUGUGGUGCCCUCGUUCGACCGCAGCGAAGGCCGUGUGCUGCACCAAGCAACAGCGCCGCUCUCCUCCGCCCUUGCCGCUCCCCCACACCCCUCCUCUUCCUCCUCCCUCUUCCACAACCCGCCCGGCCGUCUGUUCUCUCCAGACGGGCCGGGUAGUGGUAGUGGAGGAGAGGGGAAAGGGGGAGGGAAGGCGGGUAUGAGUGACAAGGACAUGUCGCCUCUUGAUCGGUUAUUGGCUCGCAUGCCCCCUCCGCGGCGGUUACAAAGGUCUACCACCCCUCCUGGUACCCGCAUUGAAAGAGCCAUGUCACCAGAGCUGGAGAGGCGGCGGGACAAGGGGGGUGAUGUGACUGUAGAGAGGGGGAUUAUAGCGAAUGGGACUGGUGUGGAUGGUGGAGGGAGUGGCAGGAGUGUCAGCAGCAGGUUUAGCACCAGCAGCAGUGUUGCGGUGGAGAGUGGUGGCAGUGGUGAUAGCAAUGGUAGCGGAGGGAUUUGUGGGAGUGCCAAGGAGGGUGCAGGGGCGGGUUGUGACGGGAGAGGGAGUGAGUGUGGCAGUGGGAAUGGGAUGGUGAGUGAGGAUAAGAGUGGGCUCAAUGGGAGAAAGGGGGGUGAGUCUGCUCAGUCUUGUGAGUCGACUCACAAGUCCCAAGAGGGUGGUGCUGUUUCGUCAGCGCCUAAUAAUGACAAGUUUGGCAAUCCACUGCCACCACAGGAUGCCUUGGCUGUUGGUUGA